GUGCUGUGUUCAGGUUUCAGGUGCUCGACGGCGCGUGUUUGACAUGUGUUUUUUUUUUACAUUUUCGUUGUUUUUUCUCAAUUAAUGUGCUGUUUUUUUGGACAUGCAGUAUUCUUCACUCAUUUUUAAACUCAGACAAGCAUGUGACUGGUGAAUUACGUCAUUACGUAGAAAAAGGCUAUCGCAAAAGAGGCUUCGGUGAUGGAUUCGGCCAGCUUUUGAGAAGUUCAAGUUCGUCAUUCUACUUUUGAGGUGAGCCAUUUGUAUACUUUUUCGCAUUGAAAUUCUCUAGGCCGGCACAGAGCAGCUGGAAUUUCACCAUCGGAACAGAUGGACGAGUGCUGUUGAUCUGGACAGCGUAAAAUUGCAGCAGAGAUAAUUAGCGAUGACGUCAUCGUGAGUCGCGAUCGACUUCGAGUGAGCCGCGGCGGACUCGUCAAUUCAGCAGAUUGCCUGGAAUGAGGUGAUCGCCAUGAUGGUGCUGCGCGUGUUGCUGGUCGCGUGGGCGUGCGCCGCCGCCGUCCCCGUCGAGCCGAGCACCAGCCCCAACUCGGCCGUGAUGCCGAGCGUGUCGUUCCUCGACCUGCCCUUCGGCUGGAACCACAGCUCCCAGGAGAAGGACAUCGCCGCCGUCUUCCAACGCGCGGCCUACGGAAGCACCACCCCCUCCGUGCCGCCCCCGACGCCUCCCACCACCCCCAGGAGGCCGCCCCCGCCGCCUCCGAGGCCCAUCACGCCGGCCCCCCGAAGGCCCACCUCCUCGACCGAGGCCCCCGUCACCCGGGGGCGGCUCAAACACCCCCUGCCCCCGGAGUACCUCAACCCUUUCGCGGACAAGCCCAUUCUGCGCGGCUCCCUGAGCGAAGGGUCGCACGGAGGCCACAAGCGGCCGCCCCCGGUGCCGCCCAAAGGCCCGCCGGAGCAGGAGCGCAUCCCCAUCAGGCCCCCGGACCUGCCCCUCAAGCACAAACCCCUCAACACGCCUGCCAGGGGCGGUUCAGGUGGCAAGGAAGGGUCCAACUCAGGUGGCCAGAGGCACUCGGACCCCCACAACGAGACCGAAAUCAACUUUGUGCCCAUUCUGCAGAACCCGGCCGUGACCAGGAUUCUGUCCGGCAGCAACGGCAGGAAGGAACCUGACGACCGCCCCACCAGGUUGCUGCUCGACCUGAACAAAAUGUUCCCCAUGGAGCACCCGACGACGAGCACCACCUCGACCACCACCCCUCCUCCGCCGCCACCUGAGACGGACCUUCCGGAGGAAUAUCAACCUGAGGAGGAAGAGGAGGAACCGUCGGAGGUGCCGGACGUGGACAACGACCUCAACAACGACCUUCGCCCUGACCAGCGACCUGAGGAUGAACGCCUCACUCAGGGGGACGACUACGACCUGAGGGUGUGGGGUGUGGCCUGGGACGUCCACGUCUACCUGAUGGGCGGCCUCUUCUUGGUCCUGGUGCUGGUGUGUCUGAUCACCUGGCUGCGGAGGGGAGGCGGCCGCGUCCUUUCCCCCCUCUACCUGCACCUGAGCAACGGCCUCCUGCUGACGGUGGGCGUCGGAAGGGCGAUCUUCCUCCUGCACGACGCCUACAACCUGCACCGCGCCUACCCUGAGUCCCUGGCGCCCAUUCUCCUCCACUUUGCGCUUCCCCUCCUGUGCCUCACCUUCGCCCUGCUCUUCCUAUUUGUGGCGCGGUUCACGCGGACGCAGCUUUUGUCCCUGAGGAGGCCAGCCCUGGUGGCCGCGGCUGCCGGCGCCGUCCUCCUGGUGGUCACCUGUCUUGGCCUCCAGCUGGCCGCCGGCCUCGUGGCCCAACCGACGGCCAAGCGGCUUUUGCUGAUCAACGAGUGGCUGCUCCUGGUGUGGGCCGUGGCCCUCGCCCUGGCCUACCUGGCCGCCUUCCCGCUGCUCUCCAGGUCGCUGUCCACCCUGAACCCCAUGUUCUCCACCACGCAGCACGUGCCUCCCGCCUCCCUGGGCCUCGUCCUGCGCUCCCUGCUGGCCGUGGCCAUGCUCCUCCUCCUGCUGGUCUGCGUCCACCUCUACGGAGUCUUCGGCGUCGCUGGCCUCUUCGGCGAACAACCGCCCCGACCCUGGCCCUGGUGGGGCUUCCACUUCUCCGUCAGGGUCAUCGAGGUGUCCAUCAGUCUGCUGAUGGCCUUCGUGGCCGCCCUCAGGGUGCCGUCGCCCUCCAAAAAGGCCUUCAAGGACCCCUCGAGGGACUGCUCGCAGGACCUCUACCCUGCCGUCUGCGGCGCCAACUACGCCGUGCAGAAGAAACUCUACGAGGACCCCUACCAGCUGCGCACCCUGGUCGCCCCUCCUCCCCCUCCCGUGACCAUGGCCGUGCCCCACCUAGUGGAGCCGCAGACCGACCGGCCCUCCUCGAUGCUCUUCGCCGAGGACGGCUUCGUCCGGUUUCGCACCUCGGCCGACCCUGAGCAGCCCAUGGAGGAAGUUCUUCACAGGACCAUGUCCCGCAACGGGGGAAUGGGGCACCCAGUGGGGCUCCCGGGACCCCGACCCCCCAUUCCCCAACCGCGCUGGGCGCACUGCCACCACCCCUCCGACUCGGACUUCACCGACGAGUCGUCGCCCUCUUCGUCCUCCUCCUCAGGGGGCUCCCGACACCCACGGGGCCCUUCCGAGGACGUGAGCCCCGACUCGGCGGUCGGCUCGGACAUUUACUCCAAAAACGGCGACAUCAUGUGGCGCGACGAGUUGCUCUCGAGGAGCAUCCUCGACCGACUGGCCGCCCUGCACCAGCACGCCGGCUACGCGCCCCUCGCCUUCCCAGGCCACCCCCUCGCCUCGCCCACCUCGGCCCACUACAAUUUGUACGCCCGGCCGGACGACGAGAGUGCCGUUUGACCUCGGCCAGAACAAUCCUUCCUCAACGACUGAUUAGGAUACGAGAAUCAAAAGAACUUUCUGAAAGUAGUGCAGUGCGGACGAGGGGCUGUCCGAGGGAAAGACUGAGUUGAAAAAAAAAUAAUUGAGCUUCCCUCCCGAGGCGAGUGUGUACCAUACCCUUCUAUUUUUGUACAUUGACCAUGAGUAACUAGUCGGACUGAAUAUUCUAUUUUCUCUCAAAAAAAUCAUUUGUGUAAAGUGACUAUAUUUUCUAGGGAUCCGCCUGACUCCGAUAAUUCUGUCGUUUUGAGACAGAAACGAUUCCAUUUCGUUCUCUCGAAUGUACAUAAUCAACAUGUGAUGUAAAUUAGAGAAAAAUAAAAAGUUGAAAUCUCUACGAAUAAAUAUUGCUCUGGUAUUU